AUUACCGCAGCGUCGAUGCUGUAUUCUCGAUCUGCCUGGAGGAUCUGCUGCUGCUGCUGCUGUGAUGGCUAUGAGGCGAACACUACAUUUUGUUUUUAAAGUUGGUGACCGGGCCAAAACAGCCACAUUUUACCGAGAUGUUCUGGGCAUGAAGAUUUUAAGGCAUGAAGAGUUUGAAGAAGGCUGCAAAGCAAGUUGCAACGGGCCUUAUGAUGGGAAAUGGAGCAAGACCAUGGUCGGGUUUGGUCCAGAGGAUGACCAUUUCGUGGCUGAACUGACAUACAAUUACGGCGUCGGAGAGUAUACCCUCGGCAAUGACUUCCAGGGAUUGACUCUGCAAUCGAGCCAAGCUGUGAGGAACGCAAAGCGUCUAGGAUGGCCCCUCACGGAGGUGGAGGAGGCCGUUUACCGCACGGAGGCUCCCGGUGGAUACCCCUUCUACCUGGUGGACCGAGAGCUGCCCCCCAGGGACCCAGUGCAGAAGGUUUGCCUGGGCGUGUCAGACCUGCCUACAACCACCCACUACUGGACCGAUCUACUGGGGAUGAAGGUGUUGGAGAAGGAUGAGGAAAAGAAGACCGUACUUAUGGGAUAUGAAGACAAGCAGUGUAAGCUUGAGCUUCAAGACGUGGGUGGGAGUAUAGACCAUGGAACAGCUUUUGGAAGAAUAGCCUUUUCAUGCCCAAGAGACCAGUUACCUGACCUGGAAGCCUUGAUGAAGAAGGAGAAUCAGAAGAUCCUCACUCCAUUAGUCAGCCUGGAUACCCCAGGAAAGGCUACAGUAGAAGUGGUCAUUUUGGCAGACCCAAAUGCCCACGAGAUUUGCUUCGUAGGGGACGAGGCAUUCAGGGAACUUUCCAAGGUGGAUCCCAAUGGAAAUGCACUGCUUGAUAAGGCCAUGGCUGAGGACAAGAGCGAGGAGUGGUUCGCCCAACACAACAGACAGAAAGCUAUCGCAUGAGAAUACUGAUGGCUGAAUGGAAAUCUACAAAAAUAAAUAGUAGUCAGAAUAUUCUGUGACUAGAUAGGAGAAUUGCACUGUUAAAGUGCAGGUUAAACUUGGUAGAAAGAUCCACCUCUGUGUAAUGUGAACAUGGUUCCGCCAUAUGCCAGCACAACAGUGAUUCAACACAACAGACGACAAGGAGGUGCGAGGACAACUGAGUUAAUAUUUAAUUUAUUUACAACCGUCUAGUAGUAAUCGGGUUAAUAUAUCUGAAAUCUAUGAAUCCCUGUUCCUAAUCCUCCAUACAAUAUUGUACAAUAUUGAACAUGAAAAAUAAACUGACAAUUUAAUAAAUCUC